AUGGGCUUUUUUAAAAGUAAGAAAUCAGCAGCUGCUGUCGAUGAAGAAAUAAGUGAACUUGAAAAAUCAUCAACGACACCAAACAACACAGAAACAACAUCCAGCAAACAACCAACGGCAACAACUCCAGCAAAAACUGAAGUUUUGGACAAACCACAAGAAACAAGUCAACCAUCAAUUAGUUCAACUACAAAUACAACCACAAAUGCAACCGAUGACAAAAAAGAAAUUGCAACCACAACUACUACCAGCAAGAAGGAUCUUCCAACCGAUAGUUUUAUUCAUGUCCAAGUAACUGGAGAGAAGUUUUCCGAUAAAGCAUCCACAUUGUUGCCAUUAGUUUCUCAUCAUGUUAAAUGUCAUGUUACUUAUCCUAUUGUUCAAGUGGUUUCUACUAUGACAUUUAAUAGUCCACAUGGUAAAACAAUUGAAGGUGAAUUAGUGUUGCCAAUGCCUGAUGGAGCAACUAUGAUGGGUUAUGCAAUGGAAGUGAAUGGUAAAUUGGUUGAUGCUGUCCCAGUUGAGAAGGAAAAGGCAAAAGCUGUAUUCGAAAGUGAAGUUAGAGCUGGAGGAACUGUUUCAAUUGUUGAAAAGUUGACUCAAGCUUCUAAUUGUUUCAAGACAAAGGUUUAUCCAAUGCAUCCAAAUCAAGACAAGACAGUUCAAGUCAAAUAUCAAAUGAUGUUGAAAGAAAAAGUUGAAUCUAAAGAUCAAGAAACAGGAACUCUCCAAGGAAGUGUUUUCAUUCCAGUUGCAUAUUUGGAUUUUGAAAAGUUACGUUCUGAUACCAAUAUUGAAUUCACAUUGAAUGAAACUUCUCUACAAGGAUAUGAAACUGAAUUGUCAAUGAGUUUAUCUAAAUUUGGUGGAGAAAAGAUUGAGAAGGAAAAUCAAUUAUUGUGGACAAGCAAGAAUGUCAGUAAGAGAAGCGCCUAUUUCCAAAUUACUAAAAACCAAAUGAGCGAAAACAUGGCAGGUUUCAAUUUCUCAAUCAAGAAGGAAGCCACAAGUGUCAAUGACAUUCUCUUGGCAGUUGAGAAUGGUUAUUUCAUGACAUCAGUUCCAGUUCCUAAAAUUCCAGAACAAUUGAAGAAUCAAUCAAGAAUUGGAGACAAGAUUCAACUUGUUUGGGAUUGCUCUCUUUCUCAAGAAGCAGCACACUCAAAGAAAGUUGCCAAACUUAGAAAGAUCAUUGAAGGUGUAGGUGCUACCUCUAUUGAAUUGACUCAAUUCAGUUGUACCACCAUUAAGAGUCAAACAUUCACCAAUAUUGAUGAUUUAUUGAAAUAUGUCGAAUCUGAAGAGUUUGUCUAUGAUGGUGGAUCUAACAUGUUACUCUUUGAUAAGAAUUUAUUGAAUGAUAGUGUAGAUUACUGCAUUGCCUUUACAGAUGGUGUCCAUACAUUUGGACAUGAAAUUGGACCAAUGUGCUCAUUCGGAAAGCCAAUUUACUUUGUCAACUUUUCUUCAAUUGUCAACUCAACUCUAUUGAAACACAUUUCCACAAAGAGUGGUGGCAUUUAUUUGAAUGCUAAUGAAUUGAGCGAUGACGAACUUAUUAAUUCCAUUGGUAAACCAGUGCUUUCAUUUGCAGUUGCAGAUUUUGAAGAUGCAGACUUGACAGAAGUUUAUCCAAAUGAACCAAUUACCUUGGUCGAAGGAGAAAUCUUCAAACUCUAUGGUAUGUUCAAUAAGAAAUCAACCAAUUCCAGUACAAAACUUGCUGUUUCCUUCAGAUACGGAUCAAACGUCUUCCAUGUACAAGAACUUGUCCUUCCAAUUAGUGAAAUGACUCAAACUGAUGCUCCAAUUGUUCCUUAUUUGUGGGCUCAAAAGAAAAUUGAAUGUCUCUCAGCAUUCCCACACUUAUUUAAGGAAGAAAUCAAACAAAUUGGCUUUGAUUUCAGAAUUGUAACUGAUUCUUCUUCACUUGUAGUUUUGGAAAAGUUAGAUCAAUACUUGAAACAUGACAUUACUCCACCAGAGUCUCUUCCACUUGUUUUGGGUGAGUUUAAAAAGCUCAAGAAGGAAGAAGCUGAUUCAAAACUCAAACAAGAACAACAAAAGACUGAAAGAAUUCUUUCAAUGUGGAAGCAACGUGUCGAUUGGCACAAAACUGACUUUAAAUUGCCAGAAAUUCAACCUAUUCGUCAAACUGUAAAUGAAAUUAGACUCAAUGAAUUACCUUCAAGUACAAUUACAAGUACUACAAGUGAAAUUACAACAACUGGUUCCAUUAAUAUCUACAAUAAUAAUAAUAAUAAUAACAAUAGCAAUGAUCUGUUGUUACCUCCACCUCCUCCUCCAGGAAUGGAUGCUGUUUCUUGCCCUAUUACAUUGAAUGAAGAAGUGGAGUUAUGUUGUGACGAAGAGUGUGAAGAGUGGUGCACUGAGAAUAGUGCCGACUCACUAAUUAUGAGUCGUGAUGAAUGUUUGUCAAGUCCACCUCCACCUCCACCUUCUCUAUCGAUGAGAUCUGACUGUUUGCCACCUCCACCUUCUUCAGGAAAACAGUCUACAGCAGUUCCUCCACCAUUAUCAUCUGGUCCCCCUCCUUCAAGACCUUCCAUGUCAAGUAUUCCUCAAUCACAAAGUAUAAGUAGAUCAGCUAUUUCACCUGUACUCAGUAGAUCUCGUUGUGCAGAGAGUAGCGUCACUGCAAGUUCAUCAUUACUUGGUGAUAUUAGACAAAGAAAUAUUUUGUCAUCAAGUGAGCAACAAUCCUCCAGUGUAGCUAGUGUAGUUGAGGAAUCAUCAUCUAGUGUUUCUGGAUCAAUCUCAAUUAAAGCAUGGAGUCCAGAUGCUACUUAUUACUCAUUGAUCAAAUCAUCAAGUAAUCCAUACAAGGAAUAUCUUAAACAAAGAAAAUCCUACAGAGAUUCACCAGCUUUCUAUUUGGAUGUUGCUGACAUGUUCCUCACAUCACUCAAUUCUAGAGAGUUGGGAGUUAGAGUUUUGUCAAAUGUUGCUGAAUUGGAAUUGGAAAAUGUUCAAUUGUAUCGUAUUGUUGGAUAUCGUUUGGAUCAAGCAGAUGAAUUGGAACUUGCUGAAUGGGUAUUCGAAAAGAUUAAAAAGAUUUCACCACACGAGCCUCAAUCUUACAGAGAUUUGGCCCUUGUCAAGGAAAGAAUGGGAAAGUAUGAAGAAUCUAUGAAAUUAUUCAAUAGAGUUAUCACUGACAAAUGGGAUUCUCGUUUCGAUGAAAUUGAAUUAACAGUUGCCACUGAGAUGAACCAUCUCUUACUCAAGAAUCCAGAUCUUCCAAUUAUUGAUAAGAGAUUCAUUCAUAACUUUGAUUUGGAUAUUCGUAUCUCAAUGGCAUGGGAUACAGAUAUGGUUGAUAUUGAUUUGCACGUUAAUGAGCCAGCUCCACACGGGGAACAUGCAUACUUUGCUCAUAAUAGAACAAGAAUUGGAGGAUACGUGAGUAGAGAUUUCAGACAAGGUUACGGACCUGAGGAAUACAUGGUAAAGAAAGCUCCAAAGGGAACAUACAAGGCAACAACCAAUUAUUUCAGUAGCCAUUCCCAAAGCUUAACUGGUGGCACAACUAUUUUGUGUACCUUCUUUUCUAAUUAUAUGAGACCAGAUGAAAAGAGACAAAUGGUAACCAUUAGACUUUCUUCACACAAGGAAAAUAUUGAAAUUUGUGAUAUUGAAAUUGUUUAAAUAAAAUUUGAUGAUAACUUGG